AUGGACCUCAGCAGCUGGGCCUUUGUGCCUGAGCCCCUGGUGUCCUGUGAUCCACAGAAGCCCCUGACCCCUGCUGCCUGCCCCAGCCUGACAGGCAGCUGCCAACACCCAGAGACCAGGCUGCCCGCCUCCCCGAAGCAGCUUAUCACCAAAGCCGUCCAUCAGUGGAGCCACAGUGAAGAGCUGGCCGGGGGAAGCCAUGCCUCUAUCACCUUUCUGCAGAUAGAGCAUAUUUCUGGUGACAAUUGGGUAAUCACAGUGAGUGAGACGCCACGAGACCUGAGGCCAGCCGCCGCCAGCCACCUCCAGCCCACCUCAGCCAUCUGUCCAGACAAGGGGACGGCCAUGCCCUCCAUGGAGCCAUCACUACCACCACCACAACCACCACCAUCGCCACCACCACCAUCACUACCACCACCAUCACCACCACCAUCACUACCACCACCACCACCACCACCAUCACCACCACCAUCACUACCACCACCACCACCACUACAACCACCACCACCACCAUCACAACCACCACCACCACCAUCACCACCAUCACUACCACCACCACCACUACAACCACCACCACCAUCACAACCACCACCACCACCAUCACCACUACCACCACCACCAUCACUACCACCACCACCACCAUCACCACCACCAUCACUACCACCACCACCACCAUCACAACCACCACCACCACCAUCACCACCAUCACUACCACCACCACCACCAUCACCACCACCAUCACUACCACCACCACCACCAUCACCACCAUCACUACCACCACCACCACCACUACAACCACCACCACCACCAUCACAACCACCACUACCACCACCACCACCAUCACUACCACCACCACCACCAUCACCACUACCACCACCACCACCAUCACUACCACCACCACCAUCACUACCACCACCACCACCACUACCACCACCACCACCAUCACCACCACCAUCACUACCACCACCACCACCAUCACAACCACCACCACCACCAUCACCACCACCACCACCACCAUCACCACCACCAUCACUACCACCACCACCACCAUCACCACCAUCACUACCACCACCACCACCACUACAACCACCACCACCACCAUCACAACCACCACUACCACCACCACCACCAUCACUACCACCACCACCACCAUCACCACUACCACCACCACCAUCACUACCACCACCACCACCACUACCACCACCACCACCAUCACAACCACCACAACCACCACCACUACCACCACCAGCACCACCACUACCACCACCACCACCAUCACUACCACCACUACCAUCACUACCACCACCACCACUACCACCAUCGCCACCACCAUCACCACCUUCACCACCACCACCACCAUCACUACCACCACCACCACCACCAUCACCACCAUCACUACCACCGCCACCACUACCACCAUCACCACCACCACCAUCACCAUCACUACCACCACCACCACCAUUACCACCAUAACCACCAGCACCAUCACCACCACCAUCACUACCACCACCACCACUACCACCAUCACCACCAUCACUACCACCACCACCACUACAACCACCAACACCAUCACUACCACCACUACAACCACUAUCACCACCACCAUCACCACCACCACCACCACCACCAUCAUUACCACCACCACUACCACCUCACCCACCACCACCACUACCACCAUCACCACUACCACCACCACCACUACAACCACCAUCACCACCACCACUACUACCACCACCAUCACCACUACCACCACCACCACCACCAUCACUGCCACCACCACUACCACCACCACCACCACCACUACCACCAUCACCACCAUCACCACUACCACCACCACUACAACCACCAUCACCA